AGUUCGUUAAAAUCAGAAACCUUGUAAAUAAUAGUUGUAUAAAUAUAUAAAUAAAAUGACAUUGGAGUCGAAUAUCAGUCUAAAUUAAUUUGAGCCACAAGCAACAUGUUUUGGGUCAUGGUGCUAGUGCUCUCCGCACUAUACUUUUAUUAUUUUCUUUACAAACCACAACUUUAUUGGUCUAAGAAAAAUGUCAAACAGGGACCGCCUGUGCCUAUCUUUGGGGAUAACUUGAGACUGCUUUUUAAACGAGAGAGUUUCCGGGAUAUGGUUAUACGUGUUUAUAGCAGGUUUCAAAAUGCUAGAUAUUGUGGCUUGUAUCAAACCACAUUACCCACAUUGAUGAUUAGAGAUCCAAAUUUGAUCAAACAGCUGACCGUUAAAGAUUUCGACCAUUUUGUUGACCACCGAGCGCUUACACCCCAACAUGUCGACCCGCUUUGGGGAUACAACUUGUUCGCACUCACCGGUGAUGAUUGGAAGCAAAUGCGGGCCACUCUCAGUCCCACGUUUACCUCCAGCAAAAUGCGAUCCAUGUUUUUGUUGAUGGAGAAAUCCGCCAAGCAAUUCGUAGACUUUUAUUUGAAUAAGAAUCAAAAAGUGAUUGAUGUAGAACUCAAAGAGUCAUUUUCACGUAUUGCUAAUGAUGUAAUUGCAAAUUGUGCGUUUGGGUUAACUGUGGACUCUCUCAAAGAUCCCAAUAAUGAUUUCUACGUCAAUGGUACGGAUGCUACUAACUUCAACGGCCUAUACAAAAAUUUAGUCGUCUGGUUAAAUACAAUUUCUCCAAAAAUCACCAGUGCUUUGAAUCUACGCGUGUUUUCUAAACAAAGUACGGAUUUCUUCAAGAAAAUCGCUGAUGAUACCAUCAAAUACCGAGAAGAAAAGAAUAUCAUCCGACCGGAUGUAGUACACUUGUUAAUGGAAGCACGUAAAGGUCGUUUAAGAUAUGAUGAAUCCAGUAAAACUCAAGACGCAGGUUUUGCUACUGUUGAAGAAUCAGAUUACGGAAAAAUCCAAAGUACAAAAAAGAUGGAAUUCACUGAUGUUGAGGUUGCCGCACAAAUGUUUGUCUUCUUCUUCGGAGGUUUCGAUACCAUCUCCACCAUGAUGUCCUUCACCUGCUAUGAAUUAGCAUUGAAUCCUGAAAUUCAAGCAAAACUCCGGCAGGAAAUUGACGAUGUUUACGAGAAAAACAAAGGAGAGUUAAGUUACGACAUUCUGAAUGGAAUGAAGUAUUUGGAUAUGACCAUAUCCGAAAGUCUCCGAAUGCAUCCUCCUGCUGUGUUCAUUGAUAGGUUAUGCACCAAAGAGUAUACCAUUAAACCAGAACAUCCCGAUGAACACCCAGUGCAUAUCAAACCAGGUGAUAACAUCUGGAUUCCAAUGGUUGCUCUGCAUUAUGAUGAGAAACACUAUCAGAAUCCUAAUAAGUUUGAUCCGGAACGCUUCUCAGACGAAAACAAAGACCUUAUUAAACCAUACACUUACCUACCAUUUGGUUCUGGACCUAGGAACUGUAUCGGGUCUAGAUUUGCGUUAAUGGAGGUGAAAACUUUGGUUUUUCAUAUUUUGAGGAACUUUGAAUUGACUGUGAUUGAUAAAUCUACUGUUCCAUUGAAAUUGGUUAAAGGAACCAUCAGUAGUGUUGUUGAAGGUGGAUUCUGGAUUGGGAUGAAAAAAAGAACUAUUUAAUCACUAAACUUAUUAAAUAAAUUAUAGUUAAUAAAAAGUCCUGAUGUUUGUUACACUUUCACGCCAAAACUACUUAACCGAUCAUCAUGAAAAUUUGUACACAUAUUCUUAGUGGUCCCCGAAUGGUUAUAGGCUACUUUCUAUUUAAUAAAAAAAUAUUUUUUAAAUAAAAUAAAGAAAUUGUUUAGCCAAUAAUACUUCUGCAUCUGGCUAUUGGACUACUUUAACGCCAUCUAGCAUUCCAGCAAUGAAGCUCAAACCUAAGUACUAUAGUACCAUCACACUGUAUUAUCACACUGUAUUACCGACAGCUACGUCAACAUCAAAUCCAAUUGACUACACUAUGGAGACUGUACACUAUACUUCCAUAGACUAUACUUUCAGCCAUUUUAAACUUCCCGCCAUUCUACUUCAUUGUUACUUCUUCUGUGACUACAGACGCCUACAGAAGCAACUUAUUUUAGAUAUUCGCGAGCGAAGCCGUGGGUUAAAGCUAGUAGUUAAUAAUAUUUACUAUUUGUACAAAAUAUUUUGAAGGUUACGGUUUAAAGUUUUGGCUUCGGAGCAAAAUUGACCUCAGUUAGUGAUAUAUCUAGAUAUAUUCUUGACCUUCCAGUCACUCAAAGUAAGGCGCACAAAUUUAUAUCGCAAAUUUACUAAAAUUAGUCUUAGUUGCGAAUGAGAUACAGAACUGUGAACAUCAAUUCUAUUUUAUUUCUACAAAUUGUGCAACAUAUUAAAUUUAAUAAAAGAAAAAGUGUUUUGUUUCGCCAA